CUGCCGCGUCUGAAGCCACUGGAAUUGUCAGCAUCUGCCCUGGUUCUCCCCGACUUCGCGCGUCUCCCAGCGCCUCAGGAGACUAGAAGUCCAAAUUCAGGGCACUGGCCCAAGGGGAAGGUGUCACUCUCUGUUGACUCUGGAGGAAAGUCCUUGUCUGUGCAGCUUCUGCUUCUUUGGAGAAGUCCACGUGUCCUGUGUUUUAAGAUGCAGAAGCUGUGACCUUGGUGGCCACCCGAUCUAGGAAGCAGAUGAGCAGAGACAUCUGUGUCCAUACCUGGCCAUGCUCCUACUAUUUAGAACCUGAGAAACGAUGGGUCUCUGGGAAACUUUCAUUAACCUCUCUCUCGCUAAAAUUUGCAACGGAUAAAACUGGUACAGUUCUGGCUAGCUUUCCCCUUUCUAGUAUAAUCGAGAUCAAGAAAGAGGCUUCCCACUUUAUCUUCAGUUCUAUCACCAUCCUGGAAAAGGACCAUAUCAAGCACUGGUUUAGUUCUUUACAGCCAAGUCGAAAUGCUGUUUUCAAUAUCAUCGAGCAUUUCUGGAGAGAGCUACUGUUGUCUCAACCAGGAGCUACUGUUCAGGCAUCAUCCACCCCCUUGACCAAGGGGAAAGAACUGACUGGUUUGAUGGCAUGUUCCCAGAAGCGGUUGGAAGAUACAGCAAAAGUUCUCCACCAUCAGGGUGAGCAGUUUGAUAACAUCAUACAAGGACUGGACAAGAUUGAAUCUGACUUGGAUGUGGCUGACAGAUUGCUCACAGAACUGGAAUCUCCUUCUUGGUGGCCUUUCAGUUCCAAGCUUUGGAAGACGCCACCAGAAACAAAGCCCACGGAGGGUGCCUCAGUGUCUAGUUCUGAAGCUUUUGGAAAAGAAGGAAUAGUCAUCAAAAUUCCUGCUGUUAUUUCCCAAAAAACAGAAUCUCAUGUGAAACCAGGGAAGCUUAUCAUCCUUGUUUCUGGCUUGGAAGUCCAUGACUCAAAUUCUAUGCUCAUUCACAGAUUUGAAAGAGAUGAUGUAGAUGACAUUAAGGUUCACACACCAUAUGAAAUUAGCAUACGCCAGCGGUUUAUUGGGAAGCCAGACAUAUCUUUUCGUUUGAUAUCUGCAAAAAUGCCAGAGGUUAUCCCAAUUUUAGAAGUGCAGUUCAGCAAGAAGAUUGAGUUCUUAGAAGAUGCCCUGAUGCUCAGAAGCACCGGACCCUCUUCCCCAGCCGAGAAGGGUUACUUGACUUGGCAUGCAGCCUCGGGGCUGGUGGACUGCGUGAUGCGCCAGGAGCCCUCCUCCUCAGGAAGCCAAGGAGGCCAGACCCAGCUACAGAUGAGUGAGCAGUUCAUUUCCGAGGAAGAAGCCCAGGAGCUGAGACAGAUCCUGAAGAAGCUGAAGAGCCUGGCCCUGGACACAGAGACAGAGCUGGAGCGACAGGAUGAGGCUCUGGAUGUCAUCGCCUCGUCGGUGGACCGGGCAGCCCUAACUAUCGACAAGCACAACCGGCGGAUGAAAAAACUGACAUAGAAGGACAUGCAGACAGGACUGUUGAUGAAGACUGUUUGAGCAUGUUGUUCUCAACCCCUGCAUGUUUCCCUUGAGAUGAAGACCCUGGGAAGUAAUAUUUAUAAGCACUGUCCAAGAACAUGUCCCACUCUGUGGGAUCAAGGGGUCAUUGAUCUCAUCUCUGCCCUGAAGAAUUGUGGGGGCUGGUGGUGCUGGGGUGACCAUGACUUCCACUAAAGGAGUUUCUGGGCAGUGCACUAGAGGCUCAGCUCAGAAGGCGGAGGCUUUGUCUUUGCACCCAGGGAAGAUGGACAGGGCAGUGCUGACCUUGCCAACGGGCCACCUGCCCGAGUUAGGCUCCUGUUGCACUGCUGUCAGGGACAGGCCUGCACGCAGAUCACCAGGCGCCCUGCGGAAGUGCCGUCCCCGGCUCACAAGCCCUUCCUGAGGGUCUGUGCGGCGGCUGCUGGUGCAUGACUGCCCCAGGUUACUGACUCCAACACGGGCCACAUCUUCCUUCUUCAUCACUUUUGCUAACCAUGAAAGGAGACCCCAGUCUUCCUGGAAGAAGCUGGCUGCUUAUGCCUAACACUGCAUGCAUUCUCAGUGCUGCCAGGCCUGCCGUGCGCCAGCCAGCCAACCGUCUUUUGGUCAGGGCCUCUGCACUCUGCCGCAUGCCUGCCACUCAGCACAGGCCCCAUGCACGAGGUGGAACCUUCCCUGAGGCUCGAGCUUUGUCCCCCCCCACCCCCUCUGGUGGGCGGACCGCUCUUCUCUGUAGGGAAAUGUUCAAGGUGAAGCUCAGCAUCUAGUCCACUUUUAGGUCAUCCUGUAAUACAGCACCUGAAAUAUUCUUCCACUGCCCCAUUUUUAGCCACUAAUGAAAAUAGGAGAUGGGCCUUAAAGAAACAAAAACAAAUAAAAUGACUUUAGCUUCCA